AGUUUUUAAGCAUCAGUUUGGAAAAAAUCCCUUUUGUUAAUUAGUUAAUGACUUUGUCGAUCAUAUGUAUCUGAAUUAGCAAAAUAUGUAAUUAAUGGCAAGCCUGAAAUUAAUUGAUCACCAAGACCUUGAGUCCUUGACUUGGACAGACUAGGUGGUAUAUAACUAAGCAAGGGUUGGAUUUCAUUUCAUCACAAACGAACUAAAUUACUUGCAAACUUUUCUCUCCUCUCCCUACCAAAAAGAAGCUCAAGAAAGAAAUGGCUUCUAUUUCUCUCUUCAGCGUUGGCAAAACGAUUCUUGAGAAACUGGGUCCUCUUGUUCAGCAAGAGGCUAUGCUGUUGUGGAACCUUCGGGCUGAGCUUGAGAAGCUGGUGGGCACAGUGAGUGCCAUUCAGGCACUUCUACUCGAUGCGGAGGAGCAGCAAGAGCACAGUCAUCAGGUCAAAGACUGGCUCGAGAAGCUGCAGGUCUUAUUGCUCGAUGCAGAGGACCUACUUGAUGAUGUUGCUACCGAGGCUCUGCGGGAGGAAGCAGCGGCCUCAAGGGAUCGAGAUGGCUCCUCCUGGUGCAAGAUACAGUGUUGGACUCCGGUAUGCUUCCUUUUCUCCAUCCCGAAUCGACUGAUUUACAGUCUUAAAAUGGCUCAUAAAGUCAAGAGUGUUAGGGAGCAGUUGGAUGCUAUACAUGCUGAUAACACCAAAUUGCAGCUGAGCCCUCGUUUUGAAGAGACAGGCAAAUUGAUGAAACAUACCAUCACCAUAUCUUCCCUUCCUAACAUAGUUGUUGGGAGAGAAGAUGAGGUUAAGCAUAUUAAGCAGCUUCUUCUGCUGGGAAACAACCAUAGUCCUAAGAUCUCUGUGGUUUCCAUAGUUGGUAUAGGUGGGAUGGGAAAAACAGCACUUGCUCAACUCAUCUAUAAUGAUAGGCAAGUCAAGGAGCAUUUUAAGUUGAGGUUAUGGGCAUGCGUAUCGGAGUUGUUUGAGGUCAAUGUGAUUAUCCAAAAGAUUUUAGAAUCUGCCACAGGAGGGGAAGGGAGACAAGGUUCUCAACUUAAUGCUCUGGCUAAUCGCCUUGAGGGAUACAUCAGUGAGAAGAGGUUUUUCCUUGUGUUGGACGAUGUGUGGAACUUUGAUUCCGAGAAAUGGGACGUGCUGAGAUCUGUGCUUAACAGUGGUGCCAAUGGAAGCAAGAUCUUAGUCACCACUCGGUUCGAGAACUUUGCAAAGAUGAUGAGUCGUGGCUCUCCGGAUCCCCCUUAUGCUUUGAGCGGUCUAUCCUCCCCACAAUCCUGGUCAUUGUUUAGGCAAGUCAUGUCUGGUGGUGGUAACUACCAAUUAGCUGUCGAGGAACCACUUAACAUAACUAGCGUGGAAGAGAUUAAAGAGCAAAUCAUGAAAAAGUCUGCCGGGGUACCUUUAGCGGUCAAAACAGUGGCAAAUUUGUUGUGUUUGAAGGAUCCUCAAACUGAAUGGUUGCCUUUCCUUAGGUCUAAUGAGCUUUUAGAUGCUAAACACAAUACUAGCCUACUACACAACCUAAAGCUAAGCUACCAAUACCUUCCCUCACAUUUGAAACGUUGCUUCCUAUUUUGUAGUUUGUAUCCCAAAGGCUAUAGAAUUCCUGUCCCCGUACUAAUUUUUCAAUGGGUUGCAUUGGGUCUUAUCGAGUCAUCAGAAGAUUCUAGACUGGGUCUGUAUGAUUUGGGCGUGCAAUAUGUUAUGGAUUUGACAUGGAGGUCUUUCUUUCAAGAGUUAAAAAUAGGUUGGUCGAGUGGUAUAUCUUCCUGUCGAAUGCAUGAUUUAAUUCAUGACCUUGCAGUCUCACUAUCUGGGUCUACUUAUACAGAAAUAGAUGACUCUACAGCAAGAAUCAGUAAAACCACUUACCACAUGUCAUUGAGCCAUGAUUUGUGGAGUCCUGCAGAACUUGCAGUCCACCUGGGUAAAGCCAAACAAUUGCAGACAUUUUUUACUUUGUUUAAAAAUUGGUAUCAGUCUGGGACAAACUGGGACGACUCUGCUUUUCGAUCUUUUAUUUCAAGAUUUCCAAGUUUGCGUGUACUUCAUUUCAAGUACACUGGGAUGGAGACAUUGCCACACCACAUUCAAGGACUAAAACAUCUUCGGUAUUUGAACAUCUCAUCCAACGAUAACAUAGUCAGGCUACCAGACUCUAUCACCAUGCUUCAGAACUUACAAGUGCUGCACCUUGAUUAUUGCAAAAGUCUCCAAGAGUUGCCAAGAGAUAUCAACAAACUUGUGAAUUUGUGGAUCCUGAAAUGCACGGGUUGUUUCGCCUUAACGCACAUGCCGGUGGGGUUGGGUGAACUAACUCGUCUUGAAAGAGUGUCAUUUUUUGUCGUGGGACAGGAUCGUCUCGCUUCUAGGCCUACAGGUGGGUUGGAUGAGCUAUAUAAGCUAGACAAAUUAAGAAUCCAUCUCCGAAUUGCCAAUCUUGGAGUCCUCCGAAGCACAAUUGCAACGUCAUGGCCACCAUCACUGGCAUUUGAGAUUGGUGCGGUGGCUAAUUUGAAGGGGAAGAUUCACCUGCAAACUUUGUUCCUGCGUUGGGAUCUUGGUACCAAUGAAUGGAACGAGAGUCCAUGGGAAGAAGGCUUGAGGGGAUCAGAAGAAGAUGCUGAAUGGGAUGAAAGCUUGCUGGAAGGCCUCCAACCGCACCCGGUUCUGAAAUCGUUCCAGGUGGCUCACUGCAGAGGAGGGAGAUUUCCUAGUUGGAUUUCUUCCCUCACUAACCUGGUCACACUUUCAUUGUAUUGGUGCAAAGUGCGUCAUGGUUUGCACCACUUGCAAGGAUUACCCAUCCUUCGAAGGCUUAUUAUGGUGGGAUUGAUUGAACUAGAGUAUAUGGAUGAAGAUGAAGAUGGUGACAGCUGCCGGUUGCUGACUGAAGAAGCUAUACAGAACAAGAAGGCAUGCAAGCCAUUCUUCCCUUCCCUCAAGAAACUUAAAUUGCGACAGUGCCCCAAACUAAAGGGAUGGCGGAGGAGGGAGCUGCUCUUAUUCCCUGAACUUUCUAAACUUUUCAUAGAGCAUUGCCCUCUGCUGACGUUGAUGCCAGUGUUCCCGAAACUGACUAAGAAGCUGAAAUUGAUUGGAGGUAGCCUAGAACCGCUACUGUGCACAAUGAACUGGUUGUCCUCCUUAGGGCAUAUAAGCUCUUCUUCUUUUUCAAGUGAAGUGGGCUCAAUGCAGUACCCUUUGUCCAAACUGAAGAAACUGGUAAUAUUUUGCAUUGACGAUCCCCCAAGAGAGUGGCUGCAAGGGAUGCAGCACCUCACUUCUCUGCAAGAGAUAAAAAUUAACGAAUGUUCAGGGCUGGAGGAGACUCUGGAAUGGCACAACUUGUCGCAUGUUCCAAAUAUAACUAUCGAUAAGCACAACAUUAAUAGAGACGGCCAGUUUCUGUGGGAUAUUUAUGGAUGGGACAACUUCCAUCAGAUACUAAAGGAUAUCCAUGAGCUGGUGGCAAAGGGGAAGGCACAAGUGGAAAAUUCAAGCUGAUCUACCGCUGUCACACAAAAGGCCACAUGGAACCCACAGGAUGUCCGGCAGAGAGCUCCCAAGUGAUGGUGGGAAAAGACUACAUUUUAGUUUCUGAAUCAUACUUUUGGUGAGUCCAGGAGUCCAAGUAGACGUGAAUAUGACCAUCUACCAUUUGGCUACAAGGAACAAUGAACCAAGCCGAUUGUUGGGGGAAACUUUGGAUUGGCACAGCAUGUCCCAAAUCUCUUUAGUCUUUACCAAGAAGUACUUCAUUAAUUAAUGAAGACGGCUAGAGUCUGUUGGAUGAGGACAACUGGAAAAACUUCUGUGGAAUAGUACUACAGGAACCAGACUAGGUUCCAAAGCAAUGAUCAGCAUCAGUUGGAACAGCUGAAUCUUCCUUACAAAUGAGCUUUUCUUCGGUCUGGCAUUGCCUCAAUUUCAAUGUUGUCCAUCCAGGAUGAUUGCUCAGAGCAUCAAAGUUAAGAGAUCUGUCCAUGCUACUGCACUAUCCACUUUAGCGAAGUACCAAUGGGAGGAAACAUGGAAUUGCCAACCUGAUCUAGCCAUACCCAAGAUCCGAACAAUCUUCAUCAGAAUGAUCGUAUGCCAAGGAACUUCCAAUAAAUGUACUCGUGGGAUAGCUCGUUUGAAAAUGUCAUACAUCAGGUGACAGGUGGUAUCACAACCAUAUGGUUAGCAGAAUUGCCAUUAAGGAAGGAAGCUAAUGCAGCAUUGCAGCUGCUGGGAUCGAGACCUGCUUCCUGUUUGAAUAAUUCAUGGAUUCUGUGGACCAACCUAGUCCAGUUGCUCGUUAAUUUACUUUCUUUUAAAUAAUUAAAUGUCAUUUUCCUUGGAAUUUGAAGGCAACAAAUCAUGGAUUCUAUAUGAGGUUAUUAUCUAUCGAUGACAAAUUCUAUUAAUCCUCAAUUUGGCCGAAAUUUUUUGGAGGAUAUUUUUGUAAAUUUUUGGACAUUUUUUUAAAGUCCAUUUUAUAGGAUUUCGAAGGUUACAGAUCACAUAUUCGAUAUGAGACUAUUUUUUAUUUAUGAUUAAGUCUGUUAAAC